GAGCAGCGAGUGGCAGUGUUGUUGUGGCGCUUCGUGGAGGAGGAACAUCUGUGAUUAUGACAGACAACCAUGAAGAGAAAUGGAAACAUCGCGGGCUGAGAUUUCCGAGUGCACCCACACGGAUUUGGACUGGACGCAACAACCUGCGUGACUUCCAGCCUCUUUUCGGGUCAUUCCCCUGGAUUUGAAGUUACGGACUGUUUUGUUCCCGGAGUAAAUGAAGAGAAGGGGGCCUGAAAUUGUACAGACGUUGGGGGGAAGUUGGGCUAGCUGGGGGGGAAACGUUACUGCUCGUUGAAAUAGCGCUACUUUAUAUAUUUUAGAUUGACUCUAAAGUCUCAUUUUAACUCAUUUAGGGUUAUAUCCCGAAGCUGUCUUUUAUGUAAAUUUUAUUUUGAUUGAAAGCAGCUGUGGGAGAGCUAGGCUAGCCCGCUAGCUCCCAUGCAGAGCUAGCUUCUCGUUGCUACGAAAGCGUCUCCUGAAUGAAAAAAAGAAACGACGCAUUUCUAGUUUGAGAACGUUUUAAAAUAAAUUCACCACAAAGCAAUGAGAAGUUUAAUAUAAUUAUUGACAUGUUUUUGCUGCUUUUUUAGAGUUUCCAGACGGAUUCAGAUGGAGUUAUCAGUUUCUUCAAUCGGUAUUUAAAGGCAGGCUCAGCUUCACUUUGAUUACAUAAUGUCUUAUUUACAUGGGGUUCUUCACUCCCAAUGUGCACUACCUUUAAUCAAGCUUCACAGUAUUUAACACAUUUAUGACACCCACUUUAUUUAAAUUUUUUAGCCGGAAAUAGUGAAAAACAAAGCCUCUGCAGCUGGAUCCACAUCCAGGUAGUUCAUGGCAAAACAGACUUUGUUUUGGAUCAAGCCAGAGGGAAAUAAUAUAUUUUGAGCCUCCCGGGGUCAGAGAUGGGCAGCCAGGGCAGCCCGGUGAAGAGCUACGACUACCUGCUGAAGUUCCUCCUGGUAGGAGACAGCGACGUGGGCAAAGGGGAGAUCCUGGACAGCCUGCAGGACGGAUCUGCAGAGUCUCCCUAUGCUUACAGCAGCGGGAUCGACUAUAAAACCACAACAAUCCUUCUGGACGGCAGGAGGGUGAAGCUGGAGCUGUGGGACACGUCGGGUCAGGGUCGGUUCUGCACCAUCUUCCGCUCGUAUUCCCGCGGCGCUCAGGGGAUCCUGCUGGUGUAUGACAUCACCAACCGCUGGUCCUUCGACGGCAUCGACCGCUGGAUCAGGGAGAUCGACGAGCAUGCACCGGGCGUGCCGCGGAUCCUGGUUGGGAACCGGCUGCACCUGGCCUUCAAGCGGCAGGUUCCCACGGAGCAGGCCCGGGCCUACGCCGAGAAGAACGGCAUGACCUUCUUCGAGGUCAGCCCGCUCUGCAACUUCAACGUGAUCGAGUCCUUCACGGAGCUGUCGCGCAUCGUCCUGAUGCGGCACGGCAUGGAGAAGUUCUGGAGGCCCAACAGAGUCUUCAGCCUGCAGGACCUGUGCUGCAGAGCCAUCGUGUCGUGCACGCCCGUCCACCUCAUCGACAAGCUGCCGCUGCCCGUCGCCAUCAAGUCUCACCUCAAGUCGUUCUCCAUGGCCAACGGCAUGAACGCCGUCAUGAUGCACGGACGCUCGUACUCGCUGGCCAACCCGGCCGGCGGCUCCAAGGCCAACAGCCUGAAGCGGUCGAAACCCAUCCGCCCGCCGCAGAGCCCGCCGCAGAACUGCACCCGCAGCAACUGCAAGAUCUCCUAGGAGACGGGCGGAGAGCCGGACCGCAGAGGCGUCACUACAUGUACAGAACCUCACCGCUCCGCUCCCGAUAAGCUAAGCAACGUUUCACACUACAGAACCACAGCAGACUCCGGUCCAGGCUCGCUUUGGUGCCUUGAUCCACGUUUUCUCACUAACACAUUCCGGUUCCACUUCCACUGGCUCCCAGGUUCGGGUUUUACGUUUAUGGUUUUUAUUUCUCGGUUAAUCGAAGUGUUUUGAGUUCUGAUUGGACGGGACUUUAACUGGGUCGGACGGUUCUGUUUACUUCAGGUUUAUCUUCCCAGUUGUCUCAGUUUUUUAGACCUGAUCAUAUUCAGUAUUUUUGUCAGAAAUACCUCGGAUGAGCUCCUUCCUGUUCCCAAACAUCGACCCAGUCAGAGAAACUGGGCGGGUUCAGACAGAACCGGGCCUCAUUGACAGUAAACUCUGACCCGUUUUUAAACUUUUUAGGUUUGUUUUUGCCUUCAUCUGCUUCACUUUGAAUAUGAAUGAUAAAAUUUCAGGUUUUAUCAGUUUGUUUGUUUUUUUUGUUUCAGUGAUGAAGAAAAAACAUUUAUUUAAGUCAAAUGAAGCCAAAACAGUUUCACUAUUUUUCCAUCCAGAAUGAAAAUGUAAAAUAUUUUCCCUUCCAGGCUUUAGAUCCUGAUGUCUCCAUCUUUCCUUGUUAUUUCCUCUCUGCGCUGCGUUCAGGUGCUGCAGGACGUUUCACUCUUUCUUCACUGCAAAACACAAAAUCUUACAAAUAAUUUCUGCUCUAGUUUCUGUUUUGUCAGUUUUGUCUCAUUUCAAGUGUUUUAACUUGCAGGGAAUUUUUCUGAAACUUAUGAGAGUUUAAGUCAAUAAUUUCUUAAUAAUAAUUUUAUUAGUCCCAUUCAGAUUAUUUAAUUUAUAAAAAGGUUAUAAGUGACAUAAUCUGCCUGUGGUACUCUGUUAACUUCAUUAAAUAAUUGACUUAAACAAUAAUCAUUUUUCUGCAAAACAGAAAAAUGACCUGUUAGUUAGUUUUCUUAUUUCAAGUCUACUCAGAUAUUUGCAGUAGAAACUGGAGAAAAAUCUGGGUAGCAUUUUGUGUUUUUGCAGUGCGCUCGUGCUUAAAUGAGUUGGAACACGUGAGUUUUUCAGAGCCGCCGCUUUUCAUCUGAUCGGAUCUCCCCUGGGAUCCAUCGCUGUUGUCUUCUUCUUCUUCUUCCUCCCUGUGAUCCGCAUCGCUGCCUCCGCCUGCCGUCCCAUGAUGCCUUGCUGUUUAAUAAUAGAUGCUCUGCAGGGCUUCAUCUCCGUCUCUCCUCUUUUCCUGCUGCUGCCACUAUUUUCUCUUUAUUCAACGUUUUCCUGCAGGUUCUGAUCAAUAAGUCCUGCUUCUUCUGACCCGGUUCUGCUUGUUCUAGAGACACUAAUCUUCCCGGUCCGUUUCUGGUUCUGGCUCGUUAUUUGUUUUGAUUCUGUAAAAAUGGAUCCAGAAAUUGUCCUGUUUUGUAGAAAAGCUGCUGUUCCAGUUCCUCUGAGUGGUUUCCAGCACAGAUCUCACUACGACCCGUUCUGUGACCCGCCGACCCGUUCUGCUGCUGGUCGCUCACCUGAGUGACGUUUCCCUCUUCAAAUUGGUGUCAAAUGUUUGUGCUGCAUUGCUGCACCAUUUAAAGAUGUUAAUAAAAGUUUUCUGAGGUCAUGAAAAGUCAAAUAUUUGUUCUGCACAAGUUUUGUUUGUGCUGCUAUCAUUUUAAAGAUAGUAAUGAUUUUUGUUUGCGGCACAAACGUAACGGAGUUGAUUGACACCAAAUUUGAUUUUGUUCAUGUUUGGGGGCUGGUUGCCCUUUUGACCUUCAAGAUUUCAUUCAUAUCUUCAAAACAAAAGCAGCACAAACAGAAUUUUCGCAGCACAAACAGCACCAAAUUUGUUUGAAGGGGGUGGAGUGCUGGUUGACCUUUCAUGACCUCUAGAAACAUUUAUUAAUAUCUUUAAAACAAUAACGACACAAACAAAUAUCUUUGCUGCACAAACACUCCUGUUCAUUCGUGACUCGCUGAAGCUGCUGAGUGAUGAAACACGAUUAUGAUGAUGAUGAUGAUGAUGAUGUUUUUAAAUUAUUGAUUGUACAGUUCAAGACAACGUGUAUGAAAAGACUUUUUCACAAUAAAACUGUUGAAUGUCUGA